AAAAGAAAAAGUAGCAACCAUUGGUCCCAAUCAUUUUUCCUUUCACCAUAGCAUUCUUCAUCACCAGCAACUCACCAAAGGCGAAGAAGAUCAGUAGAGAAGCUUCAUCAUCAACUUCCAUGUUCUGGACUGAUCAACUUGUGAGCCCCGAAUCAUUCGAAGCAAACUUGUUUUGUCUGCUACAGUAUUUGCGUGCUAUAUUAUCCAUUCCGAGGUCAUAAAAAAAGUAAGCCUGCAACUAAAUUAAGAAGCCAACGUUGUUUGAUCUGACCUAAAAGCUGCGAUUUGGAGAUAUGGCUGUUGCUUGACAAAAGCAUUAAUUCUUCAUUACCACCAAUUCACCAAAGGAGUUGAAGAGGUAGAGAAGCUUCAUCAAGCUGUGGACUGACUUGUGAGCCCCAAAUCAUUUGAAGCACUCGUACUUGUGUGUUCUAUCCAUUCUGAGGUCACAAGGUUAAGCCUCCAACUCCAUUAAGAAGCCUACAUUAUUUGUGGGGCUGUUCUUUCUUUCUUGUUUGAGGCUACAAGCUUUUUUCUUUCCUGACCUGUGCCUAGGAGAUAUGGCUGUUGCUUUAGCUGUGGGAAGUUCUGUCCUGUCGGCUUUCCUUCAAGUUGUAUUUGAUAGGAUGGCUACAAAAGAGUUCGUGAGUCUGUUUCAAAAAAGAAAGAAUGAAGAAGAACUCCUCCAGAAACUCAAGCUGAACUUACUAGUACUUGGAGCUGUGCUUGAUGAUGCAGAGAACAAGCAAACUAGGAACCAAUCUGUCAAAGGAUGGCUAGAUGAGCUUCAUGAUACCAUUUACCAGGCAGAUGAAUUACUUGAUGAGAUCAACACUGAGGCACUACGACUAGAGGUUGAAGCCGAACACCAAAGCUCAGCUAGUCAGGUAAGUGUUUCCACUUACAGCAAAUCUUCCAGUAAUGAUUUCCUUAAGAAGAUGAUGCCAGAGAUAGAAAAAAUGGUUUUCAAACUAGAUUGGUUCGUACAACAAAUUAAUCCCCUGGGUCUGCAAGUUGUUGAACAAAAAAUUCAAUCAUGUCGACGACUGCCUUCCACUUCUUUGGUUGAUGAGACCACUGUGUAUGGUCGAGAAGUUGAUAAAGAGAAGAUAAUUGAAGUGCUACUAUCUGAGAGUGUAAAUAGAGUCAAUGUCACUGUGAUUCCAUUGGUUGGCCUUGGGGGAAUUGGUAAGACCACUCUUGCUCAAUUGGUUUAUAAUGAUAAGUGGGUGCAAGACCAUUUUUCUAUAAAAGCAUGGGUUUGCGUAUCAGAAGAUUACGAUGCUACCAGGAUAACAAAAGAACUUCUUGGGGAGCUCGGUAUUCCAUUUUCUGAUAUGAGCGAGAAUUUGAAUUCCCUUCAAAUGAAGUUACAAUUGGGGCUAACUCAGAAAAAGUUUCUUCUCGUUUUAGAUGAUUUUUGGAAUCGGGACUACAGUGACUGGGAUAAAUUGAAGGUGCUUUUCAAAGGUGGAUUGCAAGGGAGUAAAAUCAUUGUAACUACACGUGAUGAGAAAAUUGCACUAAUGAUGUGUAAAAAAGAGUCAAUUUAUCAUCUGGAUUUGAUGAAAGAGGGAGAUUCUUGGUCAUUGUUUAAAAAGCACGCAUUUGAAAAUAUAGAUGGAAAUCAAAGCUCAGAACUCGAACAGAUAGGUAAGAAAAUUGUGAAGAAGUGUGGAGGAUUACCUUUGGCCGUGAAAACAGUUGCAGGUCUCUUGCGUUCGGAAACAACUGCUGAAGAGUGGAAAGAUAUUUUAGUAAGUGAAGUGUGGAGUCAAACAGACAAUCACGAUGGCAUCUUGCCAGCAUUGAGAUUAAGCUAUAAUCAUCUUCCUUCACAUCUAAAAAGGUGCUUUGCCUUUUGUGCCAUAUUUCAUAAGGAUUACCAGUUUGAGAAAGAGGAAAUAAUUCAAUUAUGGCAAGCUCAUGAUCUUUUGGAGCACCCUAGAGGUAAUAGAGGAAUUGAAGAAAUAGGUGAAGAGUACUUACGUGAGAUGAGAUUGAGGUCAUUGUUUGAGCAGUCAACUGCCAACUUUUUCAUAAUGCAUGACCUUGUCAACGAUUUGGCUAGAUUUGUUUCUGGAAAAUAUUGUCUCAGGCUGGAGGAUCAUCACCUAGGGCAUGGUACAACAGGUAGAAUAAGUAACUUUUCUUACCAUCCUAGUUCUUAUGACACCUAUCAUAAAUUUGAACUGUUGAGGGAGACUAAGAACUUGAGAACAUUUUUAUCAUUAAGUAUUAGUAAAAAUUCAAACCAGAAAUAUGAAGUAAGCCCCAAAUUUUUACAUGGAAUGUUGCCCAAAUUCAAGUCCUUAAGGGUUCUGUCUUUGUUGGGCUAUCAUAUCAUUAAGUUGCCCGACUCAAUUAGUCAUUUGAAACACCUACGUUUUUUGAAUCUCUCUUCCACAAACGUGAAUACCCUACCAGAAUGGAUAUGCACCUUCUAUAACCUACAAACCUUGCUGUUGACAAAUUGUAAGAAACUUCAAGAGUUGCCAGUAAAUUUGGCAAAGUUAAUUAAUUUGUCUUACCUCGAUAUAAGUGGAACUCCAUUGAAGACAAUGCCACUACACAUGGGUAGACUCAGAAACCUUCAAGUCUUGACUAAGUUUAUAGUAGGCAAGAGUAGUGGUUCAAUGAUCGAGGAGUUGGGCAAAUUUCGUAAGCUUCGUGGUGGGCUCUUCAUUUCAAAUCUAGAAAAUGUUUCUUGUGGUAGGGAUGCAUCAAUGGUGAACCUAAAGGGUAAGAAACACCUUGACAAGUUAGCUUUGAAAUGGAAUGGUGAUACCAAUGAUUCGCAAGUUGCGAAAGACGUGCUUGAUAAUUUAGAACCUCAUUCAAGCAUAAAACUUCUCAAGAUCGAAGGAUAUUGUGGGACAACAUUUCCAAAUUGGAUAGGCAGCCCUUCACUAACCAAUUUGAAAUCCUUGAGUCUAUCUAGUUGUGAAUAUUGCUUAUUCUUGCCUGCACUUGGGCAGCUAAGAUCUUUGCAAUCACUUGAAAUUGUUGGAAUGAGUUGCAUAUCAGCUUUAACAGAGGAUUUUUAUGGAGACACUAGGGCAACUAUGGCGUUCACAUCUUUGAAAAAGUUGGGAAUUGAGAAGAUGCCAGAGUUGGAGAAAUGGCACAUACCAAAAUAUGAAGUCUUCAAUAACCUUGAAGAACUCUAUAUAAUUGAUUGCCCCAAACUAAUUGGAGAACUCCCCCAACAAUGUUCAUCACUACGAAUUCUUGAGAUAUCCAGGUGCGACAGUCUUGUUCUUCCCAAUGGUCAAUUAAGUAUCUUCAAUGGAAACAACAUUCAACAAUUCACAUCUCUUUGUGAUCUGAAGAUUUCAAAUCUAAAGAGUUUGAAAGGGUUGUGCCUAGAGCUCAACCAGUUAGUCAAGCUUCAGAGAUUGAGCAUAGUUGACUGUGGGUCUCUCUUACCCUUUCUCCCGAGUUACCUACCUUCCUCACUUAAAGUACUUAAUUAUGAAGGUUGUUGCAACUUGGAAGUCGAGAGUGAAAACUGGCAACUGGAGGAUUUGACAUUAGUUAAUUAUGAUUCUCACAAAGUUGUGUGCCUUGGCCGGUUUCCUAUGCUAAAAAGCCUUGAAAUUUUGAACUGCAAAAGUACUGGGAUUGGGAGCCAAAAUAGUGGUGCUGCUACUAGUGUGAUGACGUCACUGCAAACCUUAUCCAUCUCCGGCUUGGUUGAUCUAAUUUCUUUCCCUGAGGGCAGGUUGCCAGCAGCUCCCAAGCUAACGCAGCUUCAUCUCUGGAAUUGCAAGAAGCUCAAGUUCUUGCCGCAACAGAUGGAUUCCCUCUUCCCAUCUCUUCGGCAUCUGUUUAUAAGCUGUUGUCCAAAUAUCGAAUGCUUACCGGAAGGAGGUUUGCCCUCUAGCCUACAAUGCCUUGACAUCUCCACUUGCAAAAAGCUCAUAAGUCGCCGGAGAGAGUGGGGUGUAGCGAAACUGCCCUCCCUCACGCAAUUCAGAAUUGGUGGUAUCGAUGAUGAAGUAGAGUCAUUUCCAGAGGAGGAUUGGCUACUGCCUUGCACACUUCAAUCUCUCCAAUUAUGGGCCCAUAAGAAUCUGAAAAAGCUAAGCUAUUCUGGUCUUCGACACCUUUGCUCCCUUCAGACACUAUAUAUCAGAAACUGUACUCGGCUCCAAUCCCUACCGGAAGAGGGACUGCCUGCCUCACUCACCACACUAGAAAUCGAGAAAUGCCCACUAUUGAAACCAAGGUUAAGAUGGAAGAAAGGACAAGACUGGCCCAAGGUUGCCCGCAUCCCAUGCAUAAUAGUCGAUUUGGAGCUAGUUCCUUGAUGAUGACCCUGGGUACUGGUAAGGGCUUGCCUCCCAAUGUUACAAGACCCUUAUCAUCAUCAUCAUCUUUUUACGUAAUUAAAGGAAUAGCCAGUUGUGAAUAGCUAGUGUGUUUUGAAGGUGGAGGUUAUCGCUGCUGCAACAAUCUCGGCCAAGGUAGAUUCUGAUCAAGUAAUGCGACCAACUCAGGCAGACCAAGGCUUUCCUCAAUUGGUAAAUGCUGAUGGAGAAAAAAAAAACUUCUUACUCUGUAAGGUACUUGACAGGUAAGUGAACCUCUAGAGAUUUGCAACAUGUAACACAACUUCUCAGCACUGUCCUCUUCCAUUCCAGCAAGAAUAGUUGACAAUUUUGCAAAUUUAGCUUACGAUCAGAAAGUAAGCCACUCAUUGAUCGUCUUCUUCAUUACCUCGAAAGGAUUUAGUUGUUGCAGUGGAGAUAGGAACAAGAUCAUCAGAAAAAGUAGUACAAUUGACUGCAUUUGAUCACUGGUCUAGAUUGUAUAGUUAUGAAUUUGCUACAUAAUCCAUCUUUAGUGCAGUGCUCCAUUCCUAUUGAUAUUUUUGAAUUUACCCCAUGCAACAAGAUAUUCUAGAUUACAUAUUGCUGGGAGCUUGAUUGCUGCCUGGACAGAUCCAAUCCCUCCUCACACCUGAAUGUUCUGAAAUGUGGCAGCGUUCUGUAACUGAGCUUUUAUGCUGGGGUUGCCUCCAGAGUGCAACGAUACUCUGUUUUGAUAGUGGAUACUGUAGAUUCUCUCCUUGCCUAGGGAAUGCAAAAUUAGUGGUACAAAUGAAGAAGGGUCACUACAACAAUAUCGGCUGUUGUUUUGCAAAAUCACUAUACAAUGGGAGCAAGGGAGGAAAAUGAAUGACCCAAGGCUGCUGAUGUAAACUGCUGAUGGUUGAAUCUUGUUUAUCAGUUGCUUGAGCCUGACCUCAGGGACGUAAGGGUGUCUUUUACCAUCAGAUUCAUAUUCUUGGAACCCUCCACUGCCUCAAGUCACAGAGCCAUCAUAUACCGUGCAUACGAUCCCAGCUUCUAGCUGAAAAUCUUCUCAGCUUCUUGUAUCUCUUUCAGGAUUUUUCUCCUUCUUUAUGGCUAACCUUGCAAAAUAUCUGAUCUGCCUACUGCAUCAAUUUCAUUGAAAGAGAAGAGGGCAAGCCACAUUAUACUUCCUUUCCUGUCUUGCAUGCAAAUUGACGAAUUUUUGAGUUUCUGAGAUGACAUUCUUCUUCCUUUUCGCUUCAUUCAUCCGUAGUCACAUUUUAGAUGGGACCACAGAAAAGUUUUCCUCAAUCUAUGCAAUGAACAAUAGGGGGUGCAUUGUAUAAUUUCCUCUUCAUUUCUUAUUUUAUUUCAAUUUCAAUUUUGUAUACUCCUAGCAUGUGGCGGAUUCAAUCACAUCUCUAAAGUGAAUUUGGGAAGUGUUAACAUGAUUGCACCUACAUUUGUCACGGAAAAGCUUCAAAUCAUCACUAUCACAUUCACUAAUAAAAGGAAACUAGUGUUAAAGGGCUACCAAUAAACAGACAGUGGAAAUGCAAAACAAAAAUUAAGACUCAUGCGAUAUUUAAAAGUGAAAAUGUUGCUUGAUUCUCAUGCUUUGAAUUUCACGAUUGCCCUUUGUGCAACUAAUGGGAUGGCUCUGAGGAAGUGAUCCGGAGCUGUAAACUCAUGUUUUGAUAGGUUUCUGAUUUUGGCAACGAUGUGGAGUUGGAAUUUUUCUUGAGGAAUGUGUGGAUAUUGAUUAGGAACAACUUUUAUUUUGAAUAAAUUUGUUUGGUUAAAAGCUAAAGCAGCCGGUGGACAUCUAAUAUAUGUAUCAGUACCUCCUCUGUAUUUGAUUGGGAGCAAAAAGAAAGGAUCCCUGCACUCAAAUAGGGAGUAAAUUACUGCCUUCAAAAUGCCAUUUUUUACGGAGUAGUGAUAUCAUUUUUACUUGAUUCUUUACUGUCACGCUUUCUUAAUUCUUUAGAACUAGCAAAAAAAUAUGUUCAUCAACACUGGAGCUUGUUCUUCCUUGCAUACUCAGCCAAGUGGAACUAUGUUAACUCGAUUUCUGAAAUUGCAGAUACACUUUAUCCAGUUCAUACUUUGCCCCAUGCAGUCUGCUCGGCCUCUUGGAUUUGUGUAGUUCCCGGCUGAACAUUAAUGCAAUCUGCUUCUUAAAGAGCAACAGGAAUUGUACCUUCUUUCGGUGGCUUCAAGGACGCAAGUUCAGAAGUACGUCUGGAGACUAGCUUUACUGCAUUUGUUUGACUUAUAGUUUCAUAUUAAUCUUAUGGUGCGGAUGCUUGUCAAAUGACUGUUCUCUUUCUGAAGCAUGAUGUCUUGACACGUCAAAACAAAUUACUUCGUGAAUUUCUUUACGAUGCAUGUCUGUCCUGAUUAAGAAUAUUUG